AUGUCCGUCACCGACCUCCAGACGCAAGGCCGGCGAGCAUACAAGGAUGGCCACUACUCGAAAGCACUCCAAUACUUCGAUCGGGCACUUGGCAGACAACAGACUGUACAGCUCUACGACUAUCGCGCCUCGACGCACGAGAAACUGCUCAACUUCCAGUCCGCGCUCCAAGAUGCAAAGAAAGCGAUACAGACGGGAGGUGAAGAUCCGACUGGAUACUUGCGCGCUGGCAGAGUGCUCGUAAAGAUGCAGAAACCGAAAGUGGCCUUGGAGAUCUACGCGCAUGGCUUGAAGAAGGUGCGACACGUUGGACAAGGCUACGAACAGUUGAAGAAGAUGCACGAUGAGCUGCAGGGUCAGCUUGCACCAAAAAACAGUGUCGAUCCGCUUACAGUCUUGCCGCGAGAACUGGCGACGGCAGUCCUCGAGUACCUCAACUUCAGGCAGCGGAUCGCGAUAUGUCGCGUUAGCAAAGGAUGGCAGAGUUUUAUUCGGUCAGAGCCGACACUGUGGCAACAUCUUGACUUUAGCAAGGCGCGUGCGAGAGUUCCGGCACGCUUCAUCAGCACUGCGAUCAACACAGGCAAGAGCAAAGUGACAGCCGCAACGCUCAACAGGCACUUCGACUUCGAUAAAGUUCUAACAGCACUGGCGAAGAAUUGCCCACUGGAAAGACUGACCUUGAUGGAGACCGGGCUCCAGAGUCACAAUCUUGUCGAAGAUCUAGCAAGAGCUUCGAAGCUGAAAGAGCUGCGCAUCCUGAAGGGUACGGAUAUAUCAGAUGGUACUUUAAGGGCCGCAGUAACACAGUGCAAGAACACAUUAGAAGUCUUGCAGUGCCACUACACGAAGGUAUUUGACUUCUCCCGCUGGACCCCGAUCCACUUGCCCAUGAUGCGAUCUCUCGACAUUACGACCGGCAUGUUGUUGCACCGACCAAGCUUGAGCUUCAAGGAAUUUAUCAGCCAAAUGCCACUUCUAGAACAUCUCAAGCUCUGGAGUGCAGAUCCCGAACCUCAGGCCCACGGAUCGAUUUCUCUUUUCUUCGAUCUGCGAGAAAGUGCCAACCUUCAGCAUGUCGAGAUCCAUAUCGGAUGGUCCGCGGCUAGACAGCUGCUCCUUCCACCAUCGGUGCGUGUGCUGCGCAUCUCCACUGAUCACAAUCAUCGAAGUGGGUUCUGGCCCGACAGCUUGAUUGCUCCAGACUCUGCGAACCAGCUGCGUCUAUCAGAUCUUCCUCGACUCGAAGAGUUCCAUCUGGGUGUCCCAUCGACAGGUCUUCCAUACAUAUUUGGCCAGCUUUCGGCUCAACCUGAUACGCCCGAGAUGAAUGUUGCACAAUCAAAGCUACGAGUUCUGUCGCUAAGAAACCCGGAGAUCGAUCCGGCGGCAGGAUACUCAUUAUUUACCGAACGCACCAAGGAUCUCGAGUCCUUGGCUAUGACCGACUGCAUCCCUCUGGAUGAUGCGAGAAUCUACUAUAUCGUGAAGGAUUUCAAGCAGCUUCGUUCGCUCAAUGUCAGUGGUACCAAGAUUACAGGCGCUGGCGUGAAAGACAUAGUAUGUCUUGGUCACGUUAAGGAGCUCAUCUUGAAUGAUUGUCAUUAUCUCGGCAGAGAUGCUGUUGACUGGGCGAGGUCGCAGGGUGUGAAGGUUGAGUACCGGAUGUCGAACGAGAUCAAUGGUGGGAAGAAGUUGAGGUUUUGA